CCGCCGCCGCUGCCCGGGCCUCGCUGCUCGGUGCGCGGCCGCUCCGGUGCCGCCAGCGCCUCCCCACUGGCGGCGGGGCCCGGCCGCCGCUCCCCCGCGCCGGGGUGUACGCAACAGGCGGGCGCCGGCCGAGCUGCGGACGCCGACGAACGAGGGCGACCGGUGACCGAGCGGCCGGGGGCGGCGACCGAGCGCCCGCCCGCCCGGGGCCGGGCAUGUGCGGCGGGGCGGCGGGCAAGGCGCCCGAGCAAGGGCGUUUGAAGGAAACGUGAGGCGCGGCGGCGGCGGCAUGGACGCGGCGCCGGGCCGGAGCCCCGAGCCGCGGGAGAAGCCGCCGGUGCUGGACGGGGAGGCGGCGGGGGCGGUAAGCGCGGCCCCGGCCUCGCCGGCGGCGGCGGAGCAGAUCGUGGCGGAGGGCGAGGCGGCGGCGGCGGCGGGCACGUUCGUGCAGCGGCAACUCGGGGCCAUGCUGCAGCCCGCCGUGAACAAGUUCUCGCUGCGCAUGUUCGGCAGCCACCGGGCCGUGGAGAUCGAGCGGCAGCGGGUGAAGUCGGCCGGCGCCUGGAUCAUCCACCCCUACAGCGACUUCAGGUUUUACUGGGACCUCAUCAUGCUGCUCCUGAUGGUGGGGAAUUUGAUCAUCCUGCCUGUGGGCAUCACCUUCUUCAAGGAUGAGAACACCCCUCCCUGGAUCGUUUUCAAUGUGCUUUCGGACACUUUCUUCUUGGCUGACCUGGUGCUGAACUUCCGGACAGGCAUUGUGGUGGAGGACAACACAGAGAUCAUCCUCGAUCCUCACACCAUCAAGAUGAAGUACUUGAAGAGCUGGUUCCUGGUCGACUUCAUCUCCUCCAUCCCGGUUGACUACAUCUUCCUCAUCGUUGACCUGGAGACCCAGGUGGAUUCUGAUGUCUACAAGACAGCUCGGGCCUUGCGCAUCGUCCGCUUCACCAAGAUCCUCAGCCUGCUGCGUCUCCUGCGCCUCUCGCGCCUCAUCCGCUACAUCCACCAGUGGGAGGAGAUCUUCCAUAUGACAUACGACCUGGCCAGUGCUGUGGUGAGGAUCUUCAACCUCAUCGGCAUGAUGCUGCUGCUGUGUCACUGGGAUGGCUGCCUCCAGUUCCUAGUGCCCAUGCUGCAAGACUUCCCUGAGGACUGCUGGGUCUCCAUCAACCGCAUGGUGAACGACUCCUGGGGGAAACAGUACUCGCAUGCCCUGUUCAAAGCCAUGAGCCACAUGCUCUGCAUCGGCUAUGGCCAGCAGGCACCCGAGGGCAUGACCGACGUCUGGCUCACGAUGCUGAGCAUGAUCGUGGGGGCAACCUGCUACGCCAUGUUCAUCGGUCACGCCACCGCCCUCAUCCAGUCGCUUGACUCGUCUCGGCGCCAGUACCAGGAGAAGUACAAGCAAGUGGAGCAGUACAUGUCAUUCCACAAGCUGCCUGGGGACACACGCCAGCGGAUCCACGAGUACUACGAGCAUCGCUACCAGGGAAAAAUGUUUGAUGAGGAGAACAUUCUGGGGGAGCUCAGUGAGCCGCUCAAAGAGGAGAUCAUCAACUUCAACUGCCGCAACCUGGUAGCCAACAUGCCCCUGUUUGCCAACGCGGACCCCAACUUUGUGACAGCCAUGCUGACCAAGCUGCGCUUUGAGGUCUUCCAGCCUGGGGACUUCAUCAUCCGUGAGGGCACCGUGGGCAAAAAGAUGUACUUCAUCCAGCACGGGGUGGUCAGCAUCCUCACCAAGGGCAACAAGGAGACAAAGCUGUCUGAUGGCUCCUACUUUGGGGAAAUCUGCCUGCUGACGCGGGGCAGGCGGACGGCCAGCGUGCGAGCGGACACCUACUGCCGUCUCUACUCCUUGUCGGUGGAUAAUUUCAAUGAGGUGCUGGAGGAGUAUCCCAUGAUGCGCAGGGCCUUCGAGACGGUGGCCAUGGACCGGCUGGACCGCAUAGGAAAGAAGAACUCCAUCUUGCUCCGCAAGCGAGCUGAGCACAGCGCGGGGCCCAUGAACAACGAGAUGAUCCAGCAGAUCGUGAAGCACGACCAGGACAUGGCCCACAACAUCCAGGACCUGCAGCAGAUGGCUAUGGGCCGGGAGCUGAGCGGCAAGCCAGUAAUCUGGGAGCCGCUGGUGCACGCACCCCUGCAGACAGCCGCCGCCACCACCAAUGUGGCCAUUGCCUUGACUCAUCAGCACAGCCUGCAAGCCCACAUCUUCCUGCCGCCCUCCUCCAUCUCCAGCCCACUCUCACCCGAGGCCACCCUGCUCACGAAGCAGGUGCGCAGGUCCCAGCCCAGCCUGGGAGGCUCCCGGCCCUCCUCCGUGAGCUCCCCGUCAGGAGUGCAGUCCCACCUCCAGACACCCGCCGCCGGUUCGCCUUCCUCCCCCAUGGUCCAGUCCCAGGCGCCCCUGGAGAGCGGGGCCCAGAGACCAAGCCACGGGGCGCAGCCCCUGCCGCGUAUGGUGCAAAAGGGGGAGCUGCCAUCGGCAGCUAAGCAGCCCCCGGCCGGCUCCCAGCCCCAGCUCUCCAAAUCCCGUGGCACCUCGGUCUCCACCUCGCUGCUGCAGCAGGCGGCUGGGGCUCCUUCCCCCAGCUCAGAGCAGGCACUGCCGGCAGGGAGAACGCUCCACUACAGCCUGUCCCGAGCCACCGGCUCCCACAUCUCUCUUCUGAUGCAGCCCCAGCAGCUGGUGAAGCACAGGAGCAUCCAGGGGCUGCCGGUGGGGCGGCUCACCCAGGACGUCCGGCUCCUCUCCGCCUCCCAGCCCUCCCUUCCCAAUAAAGUGGCCCAGCAAGCUGAUGGGAGCUCCUUGCAUCAGGGUAGGAAAUCCGCAGGGAACCUAGCCCGCAGAUCCUCUCCCUCAGUAGCCGGACUCCUCGCCAAGCCAUGUCCAGGGAUCCCAGGCCAGCCAGCACACUUGCAGCAGACACCUUCGGGAUCACUGGCUCAACCCAGCCGCUCUGUGGCAGGAACAUCCACCCCGCAAUCCCCGGUCUCCGCGUCCAGGCAGGCAGCAGGUCCCUCCCGCAAGGGCUCUGUGGCCUUCAGCCCCGAGGUGGAAACGGGGAAGCCCAAACUCCCAUCCAACAUGUGAGGCCCCGGCGGCACCCGUGCACAGGCAGGAGGGACCUGGGCACCCCGGCAGCGGAGGCAGCAGGAGAGGCAGAGCGCCUGGCGAAGCCCCGGCAGUGUCAGAAGGAAGACAAGGUGAGAGGCAGCACCCGCAGCCGUGGACUGGCUGCUCUGAGCAUGGGGGCAUGGCAGGGAUGGGUGUGGGGCAGCCCCAGAGCUGGCCCAGCUGGAUGAGGAGAGGGUUCUGCUGACUGCCCCGAGGCGGGAACCCUGCCUGGGCUCUCCCCUCCUUGCUUCAUCACCAUCUGUCCAGAGUCCUGCCCUCCUCUUGGAGGCAACAGGACGGGUCAGAGCCUUUGCCCAAACUCUGGCCUCCUGGGGACCCUUGCUCCCCACAACUGCUCCUUGGGGGCUGGGCCCCCCUGCACUCUGCCCUUGCACCCCAUGGCCUCUCCUUGGGGCCAGGUGGCUCCUCCAGUUCGUCCUCUGUCGCAGCAGCGGCUGCCACACACCUGACAUGAUCCCCAGAAAGCUCUGCCCAGCACCUUUGCUUUUUGGGAGAGGAGGGAGAAGGAGCCUCCCAGGGCCCACUGCCAAGGGCAGAGCGAGGGGGCUGGAGCCUGCAGCGGGGUGUCCCCAGGCAGGCAGAGUGUGGGUACCCAGGGCCAGCGGGGGCCAGGUCUCCCCUCCCUGAAGCCCUGGCAGGUCCCUUGGGACAUGGUGCCAGGACCUGGGGGUCCUGGGCAGGUCCCCCUGAUGUGAUGAGUGGCAAGUGAUGGAGCCAGAGGCAGAUGGGUCUCCUGCUGAUCAACCUCCGGGUGCGUCUCCCCACCUUGGAGGAGCAUCUUGCCUUGGAGGUGCUGGGUCCCCACGGGGUUGGGAUUUGCCACUGGGCAGGGCUCUGCCCCCACACCCGGGUGCUGUGGCCUGGACCCUCGCCGUGCUCCAGCAAAGGGGCAGCCCCGGGGUGGGGGGGACACACACCUGGCUCUGCCCACCUGCCCUGCGCUGCGGGGGCAUUUCCAGGCUGCCUGGAGAUGCCAGUCACCAGCACCGCAGUGAGCAAAAGGGUGUCACAAAGAGCUGCCAACCCCCCAGGCAGUGCCUGGGUGACGUGAGGGGCCGUGGGGCUGCCUCCCCCCAACCCUCCCGGGUCUCUGUGUGGGUGGGCAGCGGCCCAGGGUCCCUGCAGCCAUCCCACAUUGCCCCUCCAGAGCCCGUAGUCAGCAAUGUGUGUUCGAGUUGUGGCUCUGCCGAGCAGCUGAGCUUACAGUGUCGCUUUGGACCAACUGUGUUAAGAGUCCUGGUUAGAGUAGUGUCCUCUCCCAAUCCUGCCGCGCUGCGCAAGCUGCUUCCCACUACUGGAAUCAGGAACCAUGGCUUGUAGUCAUGCUCUGGGGCUUGGCAGCUGCCGAGCGGGGCCUGCCGGACCCCCAGUGCAGCGGGCAAGAGUCUUGUUCCAUGUGGUACUUCUCCAAGUGAGGUCUUCAGUUCUCCUUCUCACAUUUUGGGAAGUCGGGACCAGUCUGGACCGCAGGGCUGCUCAGGGAGCCCAGCCUGUGGGGCACAGCAGCCCAGCAGGAAUCCCAUCAGCGUGUCCGUCAGAGGGGAUGUCCAGCACUGCCUUUUUUUUCACAGACUUCAACUCCCCUCCCCUGCCCACCCCCAUGUCCCGCUCCAUCCCCAUGGUCGGUGUCUCCCCGGCAGCCCCUCAGGAAGGGGUCUGCAGCCGGGCCGCAUAGUCAGACAUUCCUGGGCUGUGUUUACACUGCGUGAUUUAGAUGUUUUAGUGGUCAUCCUAGGUGUCCCCUGCAGAGCACACGAGCCGGCCCGGAUAGCACCGAGCUCAGGUCUGCUUCUGCCAGCUGUGCCGACGGUGCACCCUCUCCACACCACAGCCCCGUGCCCGGAGCCAGAGCCACCCUGUGCUCCGGUCACUGUCGUGGCAAACCCCUGCCAUGAGCUGCCCCAGCACCCCGUCCCGGCGGGGAGGCAAAAGGGGCGGCUGGAGGGGCUGGGGGUGUCGGCUGUGCACGAGCGUGUCUCUGCGGCGUGCGUGGGCGCAAGUCUAGCCACCAAAGACCAUGAUCCUUCACUCUUGCACUCACAGCAGUCGAUGUACAGAGCUUGUAGUUUUCAUAUCGCAGAGAAUUUAAAAGCGUUUUUUUAUUUUUGGUCGUUGUACAUAAUGGA